AUGGGCAAGGUGUUUUUUCAUUAUUAUUUUCUGCAGAUCAUCUUCUACGAGGACAGGAACUUCCAGGGUCGCUCCUAUGAGUGCAUGAGCGACUGCUCUGACAUGACCUCCUACCUGAGCAGGUGCUCUUCCUGCAGGGUGGAGAGCGGCUGCUUCAUGGUCUACGACCGUCCCAACUACAUGGGAAACCAGUAUUUCCUGAGGAGGGGCGAGUACUCUGACUACGUGUCUUUUGGCAUGAGUGACUCUAUCCGAUCUUGCCGUUUAAUUCCUCAGCACAGGGGCUCUUACAGGAUGAGGAUCUAUGAGAGGGAGAGCUUCCAGGGCCAGAGUCAUGAGCUGAUGGACGACUGUGACAACAUCAUGGACCGUUACCGUAUGUCCGACUGCCAGUCCUGUCAAGUGAUGGACGGCCACUGGCUGAUGUACGAGCAGGCGCACUACAGAGGCAGGAUGAUGUACCUGAGGCCUGGAGAGUACAGGAGCUUCAGGGAGAUGGGAUACAGCGGCAUGAGGUUCAGCUCUGUCAGGCGUAUAAUGGAUUCCUGUUGAAGCAGAAUAAAAGAAAUGUGUUGUCGAACAAAAUAAAAGAGGAACCAAACAUCACUUGUCAUCAUGUCUUCUUCUUAUA